UUUUCUUUUUCUAGAAGGCGGUUCUAAAGUUAUCUCAUUAAAUAAUGUUCAUUGCGGAAAACAGAAAUAUGGGUCUAUUAACAAGCUAAACACAGCUAUCAUUUCGUGAUGUUCUCCUGGCUCACUUUUACAGCGUGCCUGUUUGCGGUGCUCGGCUUGUUUUUCUGGUCCCGCAAGCGCCUGCCGAGAGUGUUUGGAGCCUGCUCCUGUCGCCCGACCAUGGCACAACAGGACGGUGCUGCCAAGAAGAUUCCGGCUGUUGCGGAAUUGCACUCUCGCUUCAUUGUGGGAUCUGUGUCAGAGGAGAACUCAGAGGAUGAAAACCAAGGAAAGGUGGACAUACAGCUGGACGAGAAGGAGACUCGCUCCUUGUCUCCAUCUUCCGGGAGUUCGGACAGCACCUAUGAAAUGGGCUUCGACCACAUCGAUGGUCCUAUGCACAAUUUAAGAUCAAGCAUGUCAGGCCUGCACCUGGUGAAACAAGGACGAGAUCGCAGGCGUAUUGACCUCCAGAGGGACUUCACUGUUGCUUCUCCUGCUGAAUUUGUCACACGCUUUGGUGGUAACAGGGUCAUUGAAAAGGUGCUCAUUGCAAACAAUGGCAUUGCAGCAGUGAAAUGCAUGCGCUCCAUCCGCCGCUGGGCCUAUGAAAUGUUUCGCAAUGAAAGGGCAAUCCGUUUUGUCGUCAUGGUGACCCCAGAAGACCUGAAGGCCAAUGCAGAGUACAUUAAGAUGGCAGAUCAUUAUGUGCCUGUACCCGGGGGGACUAAUAACAACAACUAUGCCAAUGUUGAGCUCAUUCUAGACAUUGCUAAACGCAUACCAGUUCAGGCAGUGUGGGCUGGAUGGGGGCAUGCCUCAGAAAACCCCAAACUCCCAGAGCUCCUUCAAAAGCAUGGCAUUGCUUUCAUGGGUCCACCAAGUCAGGCUAUGUGGGCGCUUGGAGAUAAGAUUGCUUCCUCCAUCGUGGCUCAGACAGCUGGAAUUCCAACACUGCCCUGGAGCGGAACAGGUCUGACAGUGGACUGGCCAGAGAAUAACCAAAAGAAGAAGGUCGUCAACAUUCCUCACGACUUGUAUGAGCUCGGCUGCGUCCAGGAUGUAGAGCAUGGCAUGAAAGCUGCAGAGAAAAUUGGCUACCCUAUAAUGGUGAAGGCCUCCGAAGGUGGUGGAGGAAAAGGGAUCCGUAAAGUCAACUCUGCUGAUGAUUUCCCUAACCUGUUCAGACAGGUCCAGGCAGAAGUCCCAGGAUCGCCCAUUUUUGUCAUGCAGCUAGCCAAGCAUGCCCGUCACUUGGAGGUUCAGAUUUUGGCUGAUCAGUAUGGCAAUGCCAUUUCCCUGUUUGGCAGAGACUGUUCUGUGCAGCGGCGACACCAGAAAAUUAUAGAAGAGGCUCCUGCUACCAUCGCCACUUCUGAUGUGUUUGAGGAUAUGGAAAAGUGUGCAGUAAAGCUGGCUAAGUUGGUGGGUUAUGUAAGUGCUGGUACAGUUGAGUACCUCUACAGCCAGGAUGGCAGCUUCUAUUUCCUGGAGCUCAACCCUCGUCUACAGGUGGAACACCCGUGCACUGAGAUGGUGGCUGAUGUCAACUUGCCUGCUGCCCAGCUGCAGAUUGCUAUGGGCAUUCCUCUUCAUCGGAUCAAAGACAUUAGAAUGCUUUAUGGCGUUCAGCCCUGGGGGGAUUCUCCCAUUGAUUUUGAGGCUCUGUCAACUGCCCCUUCCCCACGGGGCCAUGUCAUUGCUGCUCGUAUCACCAGUGAGAACCCAGAUGAGGGUUUCAAGCCAAGCUCUGGAACAGUGCAAGAGCUGAAUUUCCGCAGCAAUAAGAAUGUAUGGGGCUACUUCAGCGUUGCAGCGGCUGGAGGGCUGCAUGAGUUUGCCGACUCCCAGUUUGGGCACUGCUUCUCAUGGGGAGAGAAUCGUGAAGAAGCCAUCUCAAACAUGGUGGUUGCGCUUAAGGAGCUGUCUAUCAGGGGUGACUUCAGGACAACAGUGGAAUACCUCAUUAAGCUGCUGGAGACAGAAAGCUUCCAGCACAAUAGUAUCGACACAGGCUGGCUGGACAGACUUAUCUCAGAGAAGAUGCAGGCGGAGCGUCCUGAUACCAUGCUGGGAAUUGUGAGCGGUGCACUGCAUGUGGCAGAUGUUAAUCUCAGGAACAGUGUUUCCAACUUUUUGCACUCUCUGGAAAGGGGGCAGGUGCUACCACCACACACGCUGCUCAACACUGUGGAUGUGGAGUUGAUCUAUGAAGGUACUAAGUACGUUCUGACAGUGACUCGUCAGUCUCCCAAUUCCUAUGUGGUCAUCAUGAACAAUUCUUCUGCUGAGGUGGAUGUCCAUCGGCUUAGUGAUGGAGGUCUUUUGCUUUCAUAUGAUGGAAGCAGCUACACUACGUACAUGAAAGAAGAGGUGGACAGGUAUCGCAUCACAAUUGGGAACAAGACGUGUGUUUUUGAGAAAGAAAAUGAUCCCUCGCUGCUGCGGUCUCCUUCAGCAGGAAAACUCAUUCAGUACACUAUUGAGGAUGGCGGGCAUGUGUUUGCUGGCCAGUGCUACGCUGAAAUAGAGGUGAUGAAGAUGGUCAUGACCCUCACUGCAGCAGAGUCUGGUUGUAUUCACUAUGUGAAGAGGGCUGGAGCAGCAUUGGAGCCUGGCUGUGUCAUUGCCAAGUUGCAACUGGAUGACCCAAGCAGAGUGCAGCAGGCUGAGCUCUACACAGGGACCCUGCCUUCUAUCCAGGCAGUAGCUUUGAGAGGAGAGAAGCUGCACAGAGUUUUCCAUAACACACUGGGUCAUCUUGUCCACAUGAUGAAUGGCUAUUGUCUACCUGAGCCUUUCUUCAGUGCUAAGUUGAAAGAAUGGGUGGAAAGGGUAAUGAAAACCAUGCGCGAUCCUUCUUUACCACUGUUGGAGCUUCAAGACAUCAUGACGAGUGUUUCAGGUCGCAUCCCCCCUGCUGUGGAGAAGGCCAUCAAGAAGGAGAUGGCUCAGUAUGCCAGCAACAUAACUUCUGUGCUUUGCCAGUUCCCCAGCCAGCAGAUUGCAAACAUACUGGACAGCCAUGCAGCUACUCUUAACAAGAAAUCAGAGAGAGAAGUCUUCUUUAUGAACACACAAAGCAUUGUUCAGCUGGUGCAGAAGUACCGCAGCGGCAUCAGAGGUCACAUGAAGGCUGUCGUGAUGGACUUGCUUAGACAAUAUCUAAAAGUAGAGAUCCAGUUUCAGAAUGGACACUACGAUAAGUGUGUCUUUGCACUGCGUGAGGAAAACAAGGGUGACAUGGCCAAUGUGCUCAAUUAUAUCUUUUCCCAUGCUCAAGUCACCAAGAAGAAUCUACUUGUUACUAUGCUGAUUGACCAGCUCUGUGGCCGUGAUCCAACACUAACUGAUGAAUUGAUGGCCAUUUUGACUGAACUCACCCAGCUCAGCAAGACAACCAAUGCAAAGGUGGCGCUGCGUGCUCGGCAGGUGUUGAUAGCUUCCCACCUUCCCUCUUAUGAGCUACGACACAACCAGGUGGAGUCAAUCUUUCUCUCUGCCAUCGAUAUGUAUGGGCACCAGUUCUGCAUUGAGAACCUUCAGAAACUGAUCCUUUCAGAGACAUCCAUCUUUGACGUUCUCCCCAACUUCUUCUACCACAGUAAUCAGGUAGUCAGGAUGGCCGCCCUGGAGGUGUAUGUUCGGAGAGCAUACAUCGCCUACGAGCUCAACAGUGUUCAGCAUCGACAACUGAAGGACAACACAUGUAUAGUAGAGUUUCAGUUCAUGCUUCCCACUUCACAUCCCAACAGAGGGAACAUCCCCACUCUAAACAGGAAAAUGUUUCCUUCAGUCCUGGAAAAUCUUAAAGUCAUGGACACUAAAUUAGAGGAAACUAAACCCCAGGACCCUAAAGCACCAGAAAAUGAAUCACAGGAUGAUAAUGCUGAGAAGAAAAAUGCAUCAGAUUUGGAUACUGUGGACAGGAUGUCAUUCUCAUCCAACCUGAAUCACUACGGCAUGGUGCACAUGGCCAGUGUGAGCGACGUUCUGCUUGACACGUCUUUUACACCACCCUGCCAGCGCAUGGGAGCCAUGGUGGCUUUCCGCAGCUUCCAGGAGUUCACCAAGAACAUAACUGAUAUGUUGAGCUGCUUCUCUGACUCUCCUCCACAAAGUCCAACCUUCCCAGAAGGAGGCAAUCCCGUGCUGUACGGUGAAGAGGACAACAAGAGUAUCCAGGAUGAGCCUAUCCAUAUCCUGAAUGUUGCUAUAAAGACUGACAGCGACAUUGAUGAUGAUGGCCUGGCAGCUAUGUUCCGGGAAUUCACUCAGUCAAAGAAAUCUCUGCUGUUUGAACACGGCAUCCGAAGGUUGACUUUCCUCGUGGCUCAAAAGGAUUUCAGGAAGCAAGUCAACUGUGAGGUGGACCAAAGGUUUCAUAGGGAAUUUCCUAAAUUUUUCACAUUCCGUGCCAGGGACAAGUUUGAGGAGGACCGGAUCUAUCGUCAUUUAGAGCCUGCAUUAGCAUUCCAGCUGGAGCUCAACCGCAUGCGGAAUUUUGCUCUCACUGCCAUUCCAUGUGCCAAUCACAAGAUGCACCUGUAUCUGGGUGCAGCCCGAGUGGAGGUGGGCACAGAAGUUACGGACUACCGUUUCUUUGUCCGUGCCAUUAUCCGCCACUCUGAUCUGGUAACAAAGGAGGCCUCCUUUGAAUACCUUCACAAUGAAGCAGAGCGCCUGCUGCUGGAAGCUAUGGAUGAACUGGAGGUGGCUUUCAACAACACAACUGUGCGAACUGACUGUAACCAUAUCUUCCUCAACUUUGUCCCUACAGUCAUCAUGGACCCAUCAAAGAUCGAGGAGUCUGUGCGCUCCAUGGUGAUGCGUUACGGCAGCCGUCUGUGGAAGCUUCGAGUCCUGCAGGCCGAGUUGAAGAUUAACAUCCGCUUGACUCCAACGGGGAAGCAAAUUCCCAUCCGCCUCUUCCUUACAAAUGAAUCUGGCUACUACCUGGAUAUCAGCCUCUACAAGGAGGUCACUGAUGCCCGAACGGGACAGGUGGGGCCCAAAGACCGACAGAUUAUGUUCCAAGCAUAUGGAGACAAGCAGGGCCCCUUGCAUGGCAUGCUCAUCAAUACACCAUAUGUUACCAAAGACCUGUUGCAGUCUAAACGCUUCCAAGCACAAUCUCUGGGCACCACCUAUGUCUAUGACUUUCCAGAAAUGUUCAGACAGGCUCUGAAAAAGCUUUGGCAUUCAUGUCAGGCUUUUGCCGACUUACCUCAGUGUCCUCUUCCUUCUGAGCUGCUCACCUUCACAGAGCUGGUUCUUGAUGCUCAAGGUCAGCUGGUACAGAUGAAUCGACUGCCAGGGGGCAACGAGAUUGGCAUGGUGGCAUGGCGGAUGACCCUGCGAACCCCAGAGUACCCAGCAGGACGUGAGAUCAUUGUCAUAAGCAAUGACAUCACACACAAGAUAGGCUCCUUUGGGCCCCAGGAGGACAUGCUGUUCCUGCGAGCCUCAGAGAUGGCUCGGGAAAGUGGCAUCCCCCGACUCUAUAUUGCGGCCAACAGCGGUGCACGCAUCGGUCUGGCAGAGGAAAUCAGACAUAUGUUUCAUGUGGCCUGGCAAGAUCCAGCUGAUCCUUACAAGGGUUUCAAGUAUCUCUACCUCACACCUCAGGAUUACAAGAAGGUUUCAGCUCUAAACUCAGUGCAUUGCGAACAUGUGGAGGAUGAGGGUGAAUCGAGGUACAAGAUCACUGACAUUAUAGGUAAAGAUGAGGGGCUGGGUGUGGAGAAUCUGAGAGGGUCGGGAAUGAUUGCCGGAGAAUCCUCUCUGGCUUACGAGGAGAUCAUCACGAUGAAUCUGGUCACAUGCCGAGCCAUAGGUAUUGGAGCCUAUCUGGUGAGGCUUGGACAGAGGACCAUACAAGUGGACAACUCCCACAUCAUCCUUACUGGAGCUGGAGCCCUCAAUAAGGUGCUGGGCAGAGAAGUGUAUACAUCCAACAACCAACUCGGUGGAGUUCAGAUCAUGCACAACAAUGGUGUCACUCACUGCACUGUUUGCGAUGACUUUGAGGGAGUCUUCACUCUUUUGCAGUGGCUGUCCUACAUGCCCAAGUGUAAAUCUAGCCCAGUGCCCAUCCUCAAUGCCAAGGAUCCCAUAGAUCGACUGGUAGAGUUUGUACCUACCAAGGCUCCUUAUGACCCUCGCUGGAUGUUGGCAGGACGCCCCAGUCAGACUCCAAAGGGUUCCUGGCAGCUUGGCUUCUUCGACCAUGGCUCUUUCAUGGAGAUCAUGCAGCCGUGGGCUCAGAGUGUAGUGGUAGGCAGAGCCAGACUCGGUGGGAUACCGACUGGAGUUGUUGCUGUGGAAACCAGGUCAGUGGAACUGUCGAUCCCAGCUGAUCCAGCCAAUUUAGACUCUGAGGCUAAGCUCAUCCAACAGGCAGGACAGGUGUGGUUCCCAGAUUCUGCUUUCAAAACUGCUCAGGCCAUUAAGGACCUAAACCGGGAGGGCUUACCUCUCAUUGUGUUUGCCAAUUGGAGGGGCUUUUCUGGAGGGAUGAAAGAUAUGUACGACCAAGUGCUGAAAUUCGGGGCCUACAUUGUGGAUGGGCUGAGAGAGUACAAGCAGCCAGUAUUGGUUUAUAUCCCCCCGCAGGCUGAGCUGAGAGGAGGCUCCUGGGUCGUUAUAGAUCCCACCAUCAACCCCCGGCACAUGGAGAUGUACGCCGACAAGGACAGCCGAGGUGGUGUGUUGGAGCCUGAAGGGACAGUCGAGAUCAAGUUUAGAAGGAAGGAUCUGGUCAAGACCAUGAGAAGAGUAGAUCCAGUCUACAUGGGCUUGGCUGAAAAAUUGGGAACCCCAGAGCUGAGCCCUCCUGAUCGCAAAGAGCUUGAAACCAAACUUAAGGAGCGUGAGGAGUUUCUUUUGCCCAUCUACCAUCAGGUGGCUGUACAGUUUGCGGACCUCCAUGACACCCCAGGUCGCAUGCAAGAGAAGGGGGUCAUCACGGAUAUCCUAGAAUGGCAGACAUCCCGUCAGUUCUUCUACUGGCGUCUGCGGCGUCUGCUGCUGGAGGAAACCGUAAAGAGGAAGAUCCAGGUGGCCAACAGCGAGCUGACAGAUGGGCAGAUCCAGGCGAUGUUGCGCCGCUGGUUUGUGGAGGCCGAGGGGGCUGUAAAGGCCUAUCUGUGGGAUAACAAUGAAGAAGUGGUGGCAUGGCUGGAGAGGCAGCUAGCUGAAGAAGAGGGUGCAAGAUCAGUCAUUGACGAGAACAUCAAGUACAUCCGCAGAGACCACAUCCUCAAGCAGAUUCGCAGCCUUGUUCAAGCCAAUCCAGAGGUUGCCAUGGAUUCUAUUGUGCACAUGACCCAGCACAUCUCACCUACUCAGAGAGCAGAAGUGGUACGUAUCCUGUCCACUAUGGAGACAUCAGCAUCCUCCUAGUGGGGGCCUGUCUUUGCCCAUGCUUGGCUUAAAGCCCAGCUUAGGCCAUAGUCAGACCUAAACAGAGCCUGGUUCAACCUGAUCUGGAGAUUGAGGCUAGAGGAGCCAGCGUGAUGACCGCUGGCAGCAGCCACGUUGUUAAUGAACCGCUGGCAAUGAUUCUCAGUGAUCAAGAGUUGACUGACAUCAUUUAUAACAUUUUGUAAAUGGCAGUACACAUGUGCUAGUGUUUAAGAUGAAUUCAUGUGUUUUGUACUGAAGAGCAAUUAAAAGAAUGACAAUGUAGAAAUAUCUAGUGAAUUUAAUUUAAUAAUACGUUUGGAGUUUACACAGAUGACUCGAGAGGAUGUCUAUGCUUCCAUGAUAAUCCAUGCUUUUCAACUGGAGUGUUCCCAAGUAUAAAUUAAACACGCUGUUCUUAAAAAGACACCUAGGUUUGUGACAUACGCUUGCUAAGAUUUGCAAGCAUUUUGAUGACCAGCUCAACAGUGGCGACACAUUGAUAGAGGAGUUAGAAAGAAAGGUUUUUUUUUUACACUCCUAAGCAUGGAGCACUUAGUUACUGAACAAAGACAGAAUUGAACAGGGGAGCUCAGCAGGGAGCAGCAGAAAGGUCCCUUUUAAACCCCAACUAUUGCACAGUUACCCUGCAGUGAGCAAUGGGCAGCUCGCCUCACAACAAAACCACAGCUGUCCCCUUCACACAGUAAAUGCUGCUUUAGAGGCACUUUAGUGCUUACUGUUCCCUUACAUUGCAGCCAGAAUCAAGCCUGCAUUUGAAAUGUUGCAUCUAGCAUACGUGCAAACAUAAAUGCACAAAGGGAAACAAACAGUAACGCACGGAGAGUUGACGAAAGCUUGAAUACGAAAUGGAGACGGAGUUUAAAACGUAAGCUUGCUCAGAAAGAUCUUUUUUCCUCUUUCCUCAACAGCUGUUGAGUCUUAAGUUAAGCUUGUUCUAAAUUUAUGUUUUAUUUGUUUGAGUUUCUGUUUUUUUUUUCUAAAGAGAUGUAUUUGAAUUAACAAUCAAAUGGCCAAAUCUUUUAAAAAUGUCUGUGAAAUGAUAAAAGCUACUGUUCACAUAUACGUUACAUUUUAACUGUAAUCAACUGUUGCUGAAGUUUUUACGUCUGGUGUAUGAAAUGUUUUUUAUUUUUACCAUUUAAACCAGUCUUCUGAAUCACAUAUUCGACUGUAUUUGUGUUAUGAUAGAAAGACAACCUGUUGUUAGGAACUGAGUACAUAAUGCUAAUAAUAACAACGGCUAAAGGGCACUACAUUGUUAAAUUUAGACUUUUGGAUCAUUGUGUCAUUAUAAUGCCCUGCUGAAUACCAAUGUUGGCAAUGUGAAAUGGCUUCAUAGUUAUUGCUGUGCCUUUUCUGUGUGUGUGUGUGUGUGUGUGUGUGUGUGUGUGUGUGUGUGUGUGUGUGUGUGUGUGUGUGUGUGUUGACACCUGUACUGACAAGCUUCCCAGCUGCUUUCUAAGUAACUGGAUGUUUCCUAAUUGAAGACGGAAAAUAAUCUCCACUGAUGACGAUGUGCUCUAAAUGUAACUUCAACUUUAAAUAAAGCUUACCCAACUUAGUUUAAA